GUCAACUGUCAAAUAAUCAACACGCAUCACAGACGUCACAGCACACCACUGGUUCUAAUAAUGGAAAAGAAUUAGGCAAUCGGAGCCUAAAACACAACAAUGACUGAGGACCGAGAUGUUAAAGAUUCGCAAACGGAUACAGGCAAUAAAACGUUCAUAAAUAAGAGUAAGGACAAAAAAGCUAAACCACAUCGACCGCUGACAAAAAUCAUCCUCCGUCGGCUGCCACCAACGAUGACAGAAGAAGCUUUUCUAGAACAAGUCUCUCCUAUUCCUGAACACGAUCAUUUUUAUUUCGCCAAACCCGACAACUCUCUUGGAAACAAUGUGUAUUCAAGAGCCUAUAUAAAUUUUGUGAAUGUCGACGAUAUUUACCUAUUUAGAGAUAAGUUUGAUGGAUACGUAUUUCUUGACGAAAAAGGUGUUGAAUAUGUAGGCAUUGUGGAAUAUGCGCCUUUUCAAAGGAUCCCUAAGAAGAAAAAGAAGAAGGAUCCAAAGUGUGGUACUAUAGAAAGUGACCCAAUCUAUCAGGAGUUUGUGGAGAAUUUGAGUAAAGAACAAGAGACUGAUAAUCAGCCUAAAUUGGAAUACUCCUACCCUGUGAAUGAUAAUAACGAUAAAAAGAAUCAAUCAACACCCUUACUGGAGUAUCUUGCUGCUCGGAAGCAAGAUAAGAGAGGACGUGAUGAAAGACGUAGGAGAGAAAAUGACAAACGUAAAAUGAGAAUUGAGAGAAAGACGAAAGAUUCAACCAUAAAGGAAGAAGACUUUGUCGAGAAUGACAUAAGGAAAAUCAAAUCCAGAGAAUGGGAUAAAGAGAAAGCUGAUACAAAAGAAGAUCAAGUUAAGUCUGAUAAAGAUGUGUUCGAAUACAAAACCUAUAGGGAACAGCGUAAAGCCGCCUCCACCAGCGUUAUUGACAAGAAGAAGAAAUUGGAUGUAGACAAAAAAGAUUACAGCAAAGAUGACGAACAGUUAGAUGGUUACGAUAAAUAUAAAAAAGAAAAGCGCACAGAGAAAGUUAAAGAGUCACCGCGAGAGACGAAAAGCAAGAAAUACAGUGACACCAGAAAGGAGAGAUUGAAGCAGGCGGAGAUGGGAAAGACGGAGAAACAAACAGCAAUCAAUAAGAUCAUAUCGUCAGAAGGGAAAAGUAAAUCACUCAAUCAUGACGACAUCAAACCUUUCACUCAGCUACCUCAAGUGAAAACUGAUGAUCUGACCAAGAUCAUAGAAGAUAUGGAUCGAAAAAUUAAAUUAGACGAAGCUGACUCUAAAACUUUUGAUAAGAACGACAAAGUAGAGCCGGAACCACAGGAUGCGGAGGAUGUUGCUAUAACGAGACGCAACAGUCUAGAUUCAGGGGACAUUUCAAGGAAGGACGAGUCUACACUGAUGAGACAGAAGUCUCUAGACGAUAGAAGCAAAUCUACAGACAGAGAGGGAUCAGAAGAGAAAGAGAAAAGUGAGAGUGGAGAUAGACGCACCGAGAGAAGAAUAAGGAAUAAGGACCGUCCGAGUCUUGUUAUAUAUCAGCCGGGUAUGGGAAAGUUCAGUAAACAGCGGCUCGCUAAAGAAAAGGACGUUCCAUCAACAAAAACAGUCUGCGAUGAAAAGAGGGACACUUGAAACGAUGAUACACUCCAACAAAGUACGGACAACAUUCAACUGAUCAACCAUGAAGCUGAUGAAAUGUCUUCGGGCUUGUAGAAGAGGGAACUUGUGUCACUGACGGAAAGGACUCGUUCCCAAAAUAUAUAUACAUAUAUAUUUUUUUAUAAUUUACUCACAAACAAAUGCGGACAGGACUUUUUUUGUAUCCAAUAUUAAAAUCAUUGUAAAGCAUCAAAUGCUCUUUUAGCUUGUGACCGUUUAGUUUCAGUUUGUCUUAUUUCAUUUAAAUAUAAUUUGUUUUAAAUGGG